GGUGGAGACGCGGCGUCAGGUUCCCGGAUGCGACGUCGACGCCAUAUUUACGCCAGCGCUGCCGGGGCGGCUUCUGUGGUGCUGUUGUUGCUGUAGACCCACCACCAGUGUGGCCGAUAGAGUCCCCUUUUCUCUCCGUCGCUGUCUCUCUCCCCCCCACUGCUAGCCGAGCACCAUGGCGGAACGAGAAGACUCAGUGUAUCAGGCUAAGCUCGCCGAACAAGCGGAGAGAUACGACGAAAUGGUGGAGUCGAUGAAGAAAGUAGCGAGUCUGGACUUGGAGCUGUCGGUGGAGGAGAGGAACCUCCUGUCGGUGGCGUACAAGAACGUGAUCGGCGCGCGGCGGGCCUCCUGGAGGAUAAUCAGCAGCCUGGAACAGAAGGAAGAAAGCAAAGCGGGCGAAGAAAAGCUGUCGCUGUAUCGAGAUUACCGAAAGCUGGUGGAGAAAGAGCUGAAAUCCAUUUGCAGCGACAUUCUGGAUGUACUGGACAAUCACCUCAUCACAUCCUCAACCACAGGAGAGUCCAAGGUUUUCUACUACAAAAUGAAGGGAGACUACCACAGGUACCUGGCGGAGUUCGCCACGGGCAACGACAGGAAGGAAGCGGCAGAGAACAGCCUGGUGGCGUACAAGGCCGCCAGCGACAUCGCUUUGAUCGAGCUUCCGCCCACACACCCCAUCCGCCUCGGACUGGCCCUUAACUUCUCUGUUUUCUACUACGAAAUCCUCAACUCGCCGGACCGCGCCUGCAGGUUGGCGAAGGAGGCGUUCGACAGUGCCAUCGCCGAACUGGACACCCUGAGCGAGGAGAGCUACAAGGACUCCACUCUCAUCAUGCAGCUGCUACGUGACAACUUGACACUUUGGACCUCAGACGUGCAAGGAGACUGUGACGACCAGAACACAGAUGCUCCGCCGCCGGAAGUGGAGGAGGAGGCCAAGUGAGACCCGAACGCCUCGUCGCAAUCUUUUCCCUCCUUUCUCUUCUCCCACUUUCCAUCCUUCGUCUUCUACUUUCCUCCUCUUCCUCCAUUUCUCCCCCCCCCCCCACCUCCUCGUAUGCACACACAUCCUACCACCCCUAAUCUCUUCAUUGUUGUUUUCCAAAGCUGUUUCUUUGCAAGAUUGUACCCUUUAAGGUCUUUUUGUUACAUUUUUAAAAGAUUUUUCUUUGACAAAUUCUGCUUCAUGUUGUUGCCAAGUCCGCUCGCCUGUUUCUGUAACACACACUGUCCUACGUUAGUGUGUGUCUUUGAACGCUGCGUUAUGUUACGUGGGGAAAAGGGAAGCGUCGAAGCUUUUUAGGAACAACUCAAGUGCCCUCUUUCGAAAUCCAACAGCUACUAUUGUUUUGUUUUAUUUUUUUGUUGGAAAACGACAAACAGCAGAAUGUCGCCGCUCUCUGACCUCCGCUCUUCCUGUCCGAACUGCUAAUUAAUGGCUAACGGUGGCAGAUAGCUAGCUAGCUAGUUAGUAAGGUUGUGUGUGUAUGCCUGGGGCGUGUGUGUGUGUGUGUGUGUGUGUGUGUGUGUGUGUGUGUGUGUGUGUGAGUGAGAGCGUGAGUGAUUUUGAUUGUUAAACAAUGCAGUUUUUGCAUGGGCACGAACAGUAAAAAAAAAAAAACAACAAAAAAACCCAACCCCAGUUUGGGAAAUGGAGUAUACUUAACCGCCCCUCCCUUUCCCGGUUUCCUCCUCAUCUUCUCUUUGCCGACUCGUCAUCUCCUCCUCUUCCUCCUCCUGGUUGGUGUGUGUUACGUGAAUCUGAUUUGUACUACUGGAUGUCACCGGAGCCACAAGUACCAUCUGUAUUCUUCUUACUGAAAACACAGCAUGGAAUUAACAUUAAAAACUUCAAACUGAAGCAAUAUGCGUGUGGUCACUAGGGGGCGGUGUUGCUAUGCCUUUGAAAGUCGACUUAAGUCGGGAUGUUUUCAGAUGACACUCCAAAUGAUUCAACAGUCCCCAUUGAAAGUGUUUCAGCAAUGGGGACCUAUUAUGGUCAGCUACUUAAAGAUGUUAUUGUUGGUUUUAUUAAGGAAAGGUUUCAAUCACUUUGAGUGUGUCUGUACAUCUCUGAAUCUAAGGGUGCGGCCCUUGCCGUUAGUGUGCAGUGGAACCCGUGUAUGUCCACUAAAAUAUUACUAAAUAUUACCACUUAAGUCAACAUACAAUGUACAAUUUUGUUUGCCCCUUUCCUGAUUUUUUUUGUGUUUUUCACACUUAAAUAUUUCAGAUCAUCAAACAAAUAUAAAUAUUAGUCAAUAACAUGACUGAACACAAUUCGGUUUUUAACAAAACUGCCUUGUAUGAAAAAGCGAUUGCCCCCCUUCCAUUAAAACAAAACAAAACAUAACUGAGAUUAAUUGGUCUGGGUGGGCAGCCAGGUUAGUUUGCUGUUGGUUUUGGGAUGCUCGUCGGUCAAAGUGGAGCCUGCGGCGUCACUUUAGUAUCAAAAGUAAGAGGGAGUAAAUUGUAUAAAAUUGAGCGGACAAACAGAAGUGGUAAAAAUAAUAUUGGAGUAAAAUUAUGAUUGUGGUCACAUAAAAAUAAAAAGUGAGUGCACAACAAUGCUCACUAAUGCUUCCGUACAAUCAAUACACUUUUGAACAGAUGAUUUCAAUUAGCCAAGGUUACUAUUUUGUGUCUAAAUGCUUAUUGUGAAAAAAAAACAAAGUUUUGCAUUUGUUACCUGUUUAAGAUUGUGUGCCUCGUUGGUGGGGGUUUCCAUGUGACCCCAAACCCAAAACUGGUUUGGUGUUAAAAACUUCCUCUGCGUGUAUUGGCCGGUUGUCCAACUGUUAAAGAGUCGUUUCAGGUCGUCCGUGAAGACGCCUGGGAGCAAAACGUGGGGACCGUCGGAGAUGUUGUCUUCUCCCAGCUCAUGUAGAACUUUGUAGUACACUUGAGUCACAGCCAUCCACACGUUUCUCCACAAACACUCCAUUGGGACAUUUGGUAGGAUGGCAACACUUGACUCCUCUGCUUUUCUGACGUGACGCUGCCUCGUCAUGUAUGUUGCACUGUAAACAUGCUGCACACUUCCCACGUUUCAACUCUGCUUUUACUCUAUUAACAGAAAGCCAAGGUGUCCAAUGAAGAAACAAUAUGACGCUAUUACCGUAAUGACCAAAUGCCGUGUCCCAGGGAAAGCAUCUUUCAAGACAAGUAUGUAUGCUUUCAUUUUAGAGAAAAUGACUCAACUCAAAAAUACAUUCAUGUAUAUAUAUAUUUAUAUAUAUAUAUUAAUUUCUCAAAAAGCAUCAUAUCUCUCAGGGUUAAUAUAUUUUUAAUCUGUGUUCCUUACAUGAUCAUUCAUAUUGUAGACUAGACUUUUCCUUGUACUAUUUUGACUUUAUUCCGGCCUGUUUUUUUCUUCUUUUUUUUUCCAAACUCUUUCACCAUAUACACGUUUUUCUUGUAAUAUUUUGACUUUAUUGCUAUAUUCUAAUUUUGCAAAAAUUACAAAUAGAUUUUUGUAAUCUUAUGGCUUUUAAGAAUCUUUAUGCUACUAAAACAAUAUUAUAUUUAACCUGCGACUUUUGAGAAUCCAACUUUUCUCGCUAAUAUUUUUACUUUAUUCUCGUAAAGCUGUUUUUUCAAUUUUGGCAGUUUUUUUUUCCCCAACUAUUCUUUCUCAUUGUAUAUUUGUUUUUAGACAUUAUGACUUCAUACCCAUAAAUGUUUGACUGUUGCCGUAUUAUAACUUUUCCCCAACUUCCCCAAUUUUAUAAAAAAAAUUACACAUACAUUUUUUUUCUUAUAUUACGACUUUUAAAAUGCUAUUAAAAUGACCUGAUUUUUCCUCUUAACAUUAGUGUUAUUUUAUCUUUUCAGAAUACAACUUUUUCUCAGUAUUUUUACGUUAUUCUAGUAAAAUUACUAGUAAAAUUACAGACAUUAUGGCUUCAACCUCUUUAAAUUUUUUGUUGUAAUAUUAUGAAUUUGUUCCCAUAAUUCAUGACUUUAUCCUCAUAUUUUUAUAUUUGUUUUAUAUUUAAUAUUUUUCACAAUAAAAAAUAAAACAAUUACACAUUUAGUGUCUUAUAUUACAACUUAAAAAGUAACUUUUCUUUAAUAUUUCAGCUUUGUUACUAAAUUGACAUAUUUGUCGUCACAAUAUUUUUUCCUGUAGUUUAGCAAGUUUUUUUCUUGUAAAAUAUCAACUUUUUUUAUUGUUAGAAUAUGACUUUUUUUCCCUCUUAUGUUGACUUUAUUCUUGUAAAAUUACACCAGCAUUUCCCAUUUGGACUUUGCCUAGCUAUUUCAACUUGUACAUUUUUCCUCAUAAUAUUUGGACUAUUUACAUAUUAUAUUUAAGGAUGUCCGAUAAUUAUGGGUACCGAUAAUUAUCGGCCCGAUAUCAGUAUACAAAUGUGAUAUUGGUUAUCGGUAUCAGAAAUUGAGAAUUGAAUGUUAUUGGCAUAUCGGUUUUCAGCAAAAAGGCCAAUAUUGGACAUCCCUAAUUGUAACUUUUAACAACAUUUUCCCUUAUACUAAAUUAAUCCUGCAAAAAAAGAAAAAAAUCUUGUUAGAUUGCACCUUUUUGUCUGAAUAUUGACUUUAUUCUUUGUGGGUUUUUAAGUUAAGUUUUUUUGUUAAAUUGUAUUUUUAUAAUGCAAUAAAACAGCUGCACUUUGGACACCCCCCAGCAAGCAUAUAUUGACAUGUUUUUAGCAUCUUAUAAUAUAGGAAAUCCAAUACCGUAUACUGUAUCAAAGUGUCCAGAGGAAAUAACCUUUGAACCGUAUUGUUUACCUCUGAGUAGACAAUAUUGGCCUCAAAAGUCCAGGAAUGACACAAAACGGUCAACUUGAAAUGAUUUUUUACUUUAAAAAAACAACCUCAAAAUAAAAAUGUACAAUUUAAAACCCUUAGACGCUGUGGUACUUUUAGAAUUUUGAAGAUGGACAGGAGAAAAAAAAGGCCAUCACCACCAUCACCGCUCUUAAAAACUGUGACGUCCUCUUGCACGUUUUUUUUUUCAAAUUCCGGGACAUUCGGAGUGUAGCGAUGAUGGCGUGUCCACAGUGUUCCCGCGUAAGGACAGUAGAGUCAGUCGUUGGACACGCACACAAAUACGUACAGAAAUAUU